CGAGCCGGCCCCGCCCCGCUGCCGCGCCCCCGCGGCCGGCCGGCCUGGCCAGGGGCGGCGGGAGCCGGCGGCCCCAUGCCCGAGCCCGGCCCCAGGAUGAACGGCUUCUCGCUGGGCGAGCUGUGCUGGCUCUUCUGCUGCCCGCCGUGCCCGGGCCGCAUCGCCGCCAAGCUGGCCUUCCUGCCGCCCGAGCCCACCUACACGGUGCUGGCGCCCGAGCCGCGGGCGCCCGCCCGCGACGACAGCCCGGCCGGCGCCUGCAGCCUGCACCUGAGCGAGCGCGCCGACUGGCAGUUCUCGCAGCGCGAGCUGGACGCCGUCGAGGUCUUCUUCUCGCGCACGGCCCGCGCCAACCGCCUGGGCUGCAUGUUCGUGCGCUGCGCGCCCGCCGGCCGCUACACGCUGCUCUUCUCGCACGGCAACGCCGUGGACCUGGGCCAGAUGUGCAGCUUCUACCUGGGCCUCGGCUCGCGGCUCAACUGCAACGUCUUCUCCUACGACUACUCGGGCUACGGCGUCAGCUCGGGCCGCCCCUCGGAGAAGAACCUGUACGCGGACAUCGACGCCGCCUGGCAGGCGCUGCGCACGCGGUAUGGGGUCAGCCCUGAGAACAUCAUCCUGUACGGGCAGAGCAUUGGCACGGUGCCCACCGUGGACUUGGCCUCCCGCUAUGAGUGCGCAGCCGUCAUCCUCCACUCUCCACUCAUGUCUGGCCUGCGCGUGGCCUUCCCCGACGCCAGGAAGACUUACUGCUUUGAUGCCUUCCCCAGCAUCGACAAGAUCUCCAAAGUCACCUCCCCGGUGCUGGUCAUCCACGGGACGGAGGACGAGGUCAUUGACUUCUCGCACGGGCUGGCCAUGUACGAACGCUGUCCACGGGCUGUGGAGCCGCUGUGGGUGGAGGGGGCAGGGCACAAUGACAUCGAGCUCUACGCACAAUACCUGGAGCGGCUGAAGCAGUUCAUCUCCCACGAACUCCCCAACUCCUGAGGGCCAGCCAGCCCCACCUGUGGGAACACCGGGGUGCUCAGUACGGGGCGAGGCUGUGGCCUCUCUCCCUGGCCGGCCUCCACCCUUGGGCCGCCGGCGCAGGCCCAGCCGGACCUGUGCUCCGCACCGAGAGCCAUACUCACAUCUGUGACGGGGUCUGAAAAUGCCUUGUUCUUCCUGUGGGCACCCCGUCGCCCCCAAACACGUGGCCAGUUGGGCCAUGUGUGGGAACUCUCACCAACAGCUCCAUGAACCUCCUGGACAUCACUGGAAUAUUCCGAAAAGAAACUGAGUGUCUUUCUCUCUCUCUCUCUUUCUUUCUUUCUUUCUUUCUUUCUUUCUUUCUUUCUUUCUUUCUUUCUUUCUUUCUUUCUUUCUUUCUUUCUUUCUUUCUUUCUUUCUUCCUUUCUUUCUUUCUUUCUUUCUUUCUUUCUUUCUUUCUUUCUUUCUUUCUUUCUUUCUUUCUUUCUUUUUCUCUUCCUUUUCUUUUCUUUCCUUUCUUCCUUUCUUUGUUCCUGUAUGUGUGUUACCAGCCCACCAAGGUUCUCCUGUUUUGCUUGUCUGGUGGUUCUAACUCCAUGCCUGGCAGAUGCUGGUCUCAGAGCUGGGGUCUAGGUAUUGCCCCCGGCAAGAGACCACUGUGCUCCCCUCCUCAGUCAGGUUCCUAAUUCCUGGUUUGUAGUAUAAAUGAUUGGAUACAUUUUGUUAAUAUGUUUUUACUCCUCUGUUUUGCUAUUAAAAUUUUUUAUAACAUUUCCAAGAUGAAAAAUAACAAACCAACAGCUGCUGCAUUUAUGCUUUGAAGAAUCUCUGUGAUCAAACUCUACUGUGUGACUCUUUGUAGUUCUGGGGACUCUGGGCUCAAACCCUGGCAAGGCACCGAACCUGUGUCUCUGCCAGAAGCUACCCAGGACCUUCCCCCACAAGGUGCUGGAGGGGUUUCCGUUGGGGGGGUCCAUCUUUGGGCUGACUUAAAUCCUUUCUCAAUUCAAAGCCUUAAAUGUACUGUAAGCCUCAGCAGCUUGUCCGGGGCGUGACGGGCAGUGAGGAAUAAAGAUGCA